AGCAAGGAAGCAAAGCAGCGUUAGGACUCUUGAAGAAGCCCACACGUACGCUGUGACCGCCACAUGGCGGCCACUGGUGCCCUCCCCUCUUCCUACCAAACCCCUAACCUCCCGCCACCUUCACUCAAAUCCUCCUCCUCCUUCUCCUCCGCCGCUCUCGUCUUCAUCAAACCGCACAAGAAGAACCACAACAGUAUCAGGUGCGAUAUCACCAGCCCCAACUCUCCGGUUCAUUUCUUCACCAACAACACCUCGCCGGAGCAUCUUCCGGUCCCAAUGGCUUCCGAAUCGGCCGUCAAGAACGCCAAGAAGGUCUGCCUCUUCUACUGCGCCGAAACCAAAGAGCUCGCUCAGAAAGUCGCCGCCGAGUCCGACGGAAUCGAGCUCCGCAGCAUCACCUGGAGGAAAUUUGCUGAUGGAUUCCCGAACAUUUUCAUUCCUAAUGCUCAUGCGAUUCGCGGCCAACACGUGGCGUUUCUGGCGUCGUUUAAUUCUCCGUCGGUGAUUUUCGAGCAGCUCUCUGUGAUCUAUGCGUUGCCGAAGUUGUUUAUAGCCUCAUUCACGCUUGUGCUUCCGUUUUUUCCGACGGGGACGUCGGAGAGAAUGGAGGAUGAGGGAGAUGUGGCCACUGCUUUCACACUGGCCAGGGCAUUGUCGAAUAUUCCGAUUUCGAUGGGAGGGCCUACUAGUUUGGUUAUAUAUGAUAUCCAUGCCUUGCAGGAGAGGUUUUACUUUGGUGAUAAUAUCUUACCGUGCUUUGAGAGUGGUAUCCCAUUGCUUAAAACUAGGCUUCAACAGCUCCCUGACUCUGACAAUAUAUCCAUUUGUUUUCCGGAUGAUGGUGCAUGGAAACGAUUUCAUAAGCAGCUACAGCACUUCCCAACGAUUGUUUGUGCUAAAGUUAGGGAAGGUGACCAACGCAUUGUGCGUAUAAAAGAGGGAGACCCUAAAGGACGGCAUGUUGUGAUUGUUGAUGAUUUGGUUCAAUCUGGUGGCACACUGAUAGAAUGUCAGAAAGUUCUAGCCGCCCAUGGAGCAGCAAAGAUAAGCGCUUAUGUAACACAUGGGAUUUUCCCUAAUAGAUCAUGGGGACGCUUCAAAAGUGAUAAAGGAGGGAACCCUGAGCAGGGGCUCACAUACUUUUGGAUUACAGAUUCUUGUCCCACAACAGUGAGAGAUGUGAUGCACAAUCCACCAUUUGAAGUUCUUAGCCUUGCUGGUUCCAUAGCGACUACUCUUCAAAAGUAGGUGAAACUUAGAAAAAAUCGAAUAAAUGUUCUUUCUCCCCAACCCCUUUCUUCCUGUUUUUUUGUGUUUGACGGAUUUUGGAGUCAUUAGGCAUAGAGAAAGUAUGCGGCUUUGAGUAGUUAUCCGGCUGAGAAUUUUUCACUUCUUGCAGCAGUUAGAUCAUCAAAUGACGCCAACUUUCAGCGGCAUUGAUAAACUGUUGUGUUCUUUUUUUCUUUCUGUACAAACUGUUGCACUUUCAUGACAGUAAAUGUCAUCUUUAAUU